AUGAGAAGGUGCCUGUGCCCCGGCGGCCUCUUGCGAACUGGUCGUGGGUCAAUCCUCUCUCUUCGACGUGUCUCCCCUCCUUCCGCCCUCCAGACCCGACUUUCAUCGGCGAAAUGCAACAUAAAGCCUAAAGAGUACGACUUUCUACUCACCUACAACUCCCUACCACCGUCCCCUCUCCCGUCAUGGGAAAAGUACAAUAUCGAAUCCUGGAUACCACUUUUGGAGAAAUGUGUCCCACCAGCGCAAAAGGGCGAGAUCACCCCGGGCAAGCCCGAGGCUGGCGCUUCACUGCUAGAUCAUGCAGCCAUUCUUGAUCGCGGUCAUGCUUUGAAGGCAUUCCUGUACCAUGCGAGAACUGAGGCAAGAUUGAAUCUGGUCAAUCAUCUGGGAUUUGACUUGGGCCAAUGGUCUUAUGUAUACCGCCUCCUAGGCACUUUCGUCGACACAUACGAAGUGCUCAUUCCUUACAUGACUCCUCAGCGCCCAACAUCAUGCUUUGCCUGGAAAAACACAGGACUCUCUCUUGACCAGCUCUCAGAGGCUCCUCAUGAUGAUCUUAUAAUUAAACGCGAAUUAAUACCGAUAUCUUCGCCUUCUGACAACAUCCCUCUUGCAAUGCUGUCAGGAGCACGACCAGCAGCAAGGGAAUUCGCUCGCACGUUCUUGGGGGAAAUAUUAGUGAACCUUGGUUCAUUGGUACUGGAAGCUGCAGAUCGACCAGCAGCUGAGUCUGAGCUUGCAAUGUCCUGUGUUUACCGUAUCCUUGCUCGUUUGCACCACCUAGACUUGAUUUCCGACAGAGUGUACCAAUCGCCAGAUGACAAAACCAAUUUGUCAUCACUCCGACCACCCGGAUUACAUCUGCUUACGGGCCACAUUAUGAGUGUUCUUUCUGACGCAGCAUGGUUGGAACACGAGUCUGCCCUUGCAUCCGCAGCCACCGAAGCAGGAGAAGAGCCCCCUUUUGUUCCUUUCAAAGUCGGAGUUCGAGAGUUAGGUCAUGAGAUUUGGUUAGAGCUGAUUCUUUGGUGCUGCGUUGAACACGGGUUCAACAAACAGGGUGCUUGGUUGGUGGGUCAAAUGUGCGGCCGCAGAUCUCAGUCAACUUGGAAAAUUGAGAGCUGGGUGCCUCUUAUGGAAGCUCUUGACCUUGUGCAACAGACCAAUAUUAGCACUGAGCGAGUCUGGCGUCGUCCAGGUCAAGAAAAUCCGGUUGUGACCCACAGGGGCUCCCAAAAGCUGCCGUUCAACGGACUUGGCCUAAAAACAAUCAGCUCUGAAGUGGUUUCCAGUUUACGAAAUGGGCUAUCUAAUAUCGCUUACAACGGGGUUGGUUUCCGUGGCUCCGCCCCUUCUGAAUUGCUCACUUUCGCAAAGCCUCUGACCGCCUUGCUUGAUCCUCCUGGCGCUGCCGACGAACUUCGUCCUACAAGAAGGAUUACGACUGAGAACAUUGUUCGAAUAAUCGAGUCUGGCUGUUUAAAGCCAAAUGAAGAUCCAGUGGCGUUAGAAAGGGUGUUACGGUCUACCCAAAACCUUGUGCCCCCAUGGGAAACGGAACCAGUUCCCUCAGCAGACGAUCUGAAUAACAUGACGAGAGCACAGCUAUAUGACCAGACAGCCGCUCUAACUGGCCUAGUGCAAUACAAUAUCAAAAGCUAUAGCAACCAACGCCAAGCCACCCAGGCCUUUACUCAGUACGCGUGGCUUCAAAACAUCGUUGAUGCAAGCAAGGUCCAUCAUAUUCAAGCGUUCUUUGAGCAUCUCAAUCGAUCCCAAUCUAUGGAUGUACCAUUUUUCGACGCACAGCAACUCAACACUUCUCAACUAACGCAGUCGUCCCUCCCGGAGGUGUCACUCACAACAUUAGCCGAUCUACUUGAUUUGGCCACUGCUGCCAGAGCCGAUGAUUUCGGAAACUGGUUGCUCUUCAGCGAAGAUAUUGAUGGCCCCUCGAUCCCACCUGCUGUUUACGGCACCCAAGUUCUAGCCCCAUCGAUCCUUCGCUUUGCGGCUGCUACCCGAAAUCCCGACUUGAGCCACUCGGUGAUUAAAUCACUGGAAUUACCACUUACGGUGAACACGCUCAGGUCAAUGGCUAACCUUCACAUUGAGUUUGGUGACUGGGACCGCGCCAUUCUGGCCUUUGAGUACCUGCGUGACUAUAGGCUGAAAUCCUGGGGCUUCAGUAACAUCUUAGCUCUAGGAGCGAAGAUAGUCAGGCUUGACGGUGCCCUAAAGCUCCGACAGGCCAGUGGAGUCGAAGACACAGCACAAAAGUCCUUAAGGCAAAGCUUGGACCGCGCAAAACACCUUCUUUAUCGAUUUUUCUCCGGGGAAUUCAACACGCCUAGAAGCAAGCUCCCGAGAACAAAUACUUUCCAAUGGAAAGCUCUUGAGCGCACACGGGCCAUUUUUCGAAAAGUUCCUGGUGAACUGGGAGUUCUUGCAGGCCAAAUCCAGCUCAACCGCACAAUCUCCAGUCGCGAAAGACUCCCAUAUGUCCCCACAGUCUCUUUCCACGUUCUUCUCAGUGCAAUCCUAGACGUGCACGGCUGCAAAGUCGGUCAUGAAUUCGCAGUUCGCUGGCUUCAGAAAACACCCAAUCCACAGAAAUGGCGUCAGCGAGAAGGCGGUGUUUCCCGAUUCUAUCUCCACGCCGAGCGUGACUGGCAAUUGGGAAAUCCUAGUUACAAACAUGCUUGGCAUAACCAUUCCAUGUCAAAGGCUGUUAUUCCCGAUCUGAACACCAUCCGCAUUCUCGUUCGAGCUGCUAUGCGUGAGCUUGAGAUAAACCCACAUGAGAAGAUUAAGGUCGAGCCAUCCAGCGGUCAAGGCUACCAACUCGACGUCUCGAGGUCCAUCUACAAGUAUCUUACCUUGGAAGGUGGCAAACCGCCCGCUACGGAGGUCGAGGCUGUCCUGGAUUGGUGCGCGGCUUUCCUUAUGCGUGCCGGUAUGCAAGAUGCUAUCGACAUCGAGAUUCCGGGCCAUACGAGCCGUCUACGGGGCCGGGGCGUUCUUACUGCGCCACGAGAUAAACGGCUCCGAACCCGCUUUAAAGAGAUUCAAAAUUCUCCUUGGAUGGAAACUUUCGUUAAGGAAGUGGCUGAAGAGUACCCAUUGUCUAGGAUUAGCGAGUCCAAAACCUCGCUUGUAUAA